UUUCAACCUCAAUCUCACGUCGACAAACCGACCAGCAGAGCGCUCUCAUCAGCCUCGCUCCAAACCCCUCGGACGACGCCCUCCCAUCACACGCAGCAGCAUGCUUUCAAGGGCAUCGAGAGCAGCAGCGUGCCGCCUGCACGCGGCGUCUUCUGUCCGCCUCGCAGCUGCCGCCAGCAGCAGGGCGACGCACUCGUCGGCGCCGCGCCCGUCUGCCGCUGCGGCCGCUGUCGCCAGCUCGCCCACGGCGUCGGCGAGCUCGUGGGCUGCUGCCACCGAGUCGGCGCACUCGGUCCUCGUCCCCCCGCCUGUCGCAUCCUCGUCUAAGGCUGGCGGCCGGCGGGCAGACCUCGACGACCCCCUCGCGGCGAUCACGGCAGAGAUUGGCGAGCUCAAGCACAGCCUGUACCACAUGCUUGGGUCGAGCCACCCCGCGCUCGACUCGGUCGCAAAGUACUACUUCAACGCUGAGGGCAAGCAUCUCCGCCCGCUGCUCGUGCUGCUUAUCAGCCAGGCGACGAACGGCAUCGCCGGGGACGGCUGGAGGAAGUCGCUGGCCAAGGCCAGGCAACAGGUCUUGACGCGGACAGGCGGAGUCGACGACUCUCUGACAAGCGCGGGAGGCGUCCUCAACGACUGGAACCCCGAGUCGAUGGGCCCCGAGCUUGGAGGCGAGAUGGUCUUUGCCCAGCCCUACAGGAUAUCUCCUGCCGGAUCGCGGCCUCCUCCUCCUCCACCAAUCACUCCCUCUCCAUUUGCCGACCUUCUCGCUACUGGUGGACCAGACAGCCCGACUAUUCUGCCGACCCAGCGCCGGCUGGCCAGCAUUGUCGAGAUGAUCCAUGUCGCGUCGCUGCUGCACGACGAUGUGAUUGAUGCCUCGGGCCUGCGUCGUGGUGAGCCCUCGGCACCAGCGUCGUUUGGCAACAAAUUGUCGAUUCUCUCCGGUGACUUCCUUCUCGGCCGUGCGUCCGUGGCCCUCUCGCGCCUCGGAAGCAACGAGGUCGUCGAGCUCAUGGCCACGACGGUCGCCAACCUUGUCGAGGGCGAGGUCAUUCAGCUCCGCGCCACUGCCAAGCCCGCGACCGAGCCCACCACCGCCGGCUUUGAGGAGUACAUGCGCAAGACGUACCUUAAGACGGCUAGUCUGAUGGCCAAGAGUGCCCGCUCGGCUGUCGUCCUCGGUGGCUGUGGCUCCGACUCGAGCCUCGACACAGUAUGGGUCAAGGACGUGGCCUACGGUUUUGGUCGUAACCUUGGCAUUGCUUUCCAGCUCGUCGACGACAUGCUCGACUACUCAUCAUCCGUUGACCUCGGCAAGCCCGGUUCCGGUGCCGACAUGCGCCUCGGCCUCGCGACUGCCCCCGCCCUGUUUGCCUGGGAGGAGCACCCAUCUCUGGGCCCCCUCAUCGCCCGCAAGUUCUCCGAGCAGGGAGACACGGAGAUUGCGCUUGACCUCGUCAACCGCAGCCGCGGCAUGGAGCGGACGGCCGAGCUCGCGCGCAGCUUUGCUGGAGAAGCUCGCCGCCUCAUCGAGCUGCUCCCUCAGAACCCCGCUCGAGACGCGCUUGUCGGCCUGACUGUCAAGGUUGUUGACCGCGUCAAGUAACAACCUACAAAAAUAGAGCGCCCCUUUACACAUCAUCACACUUGGGUUAGAGACGGACGACGCAAAUCCAUUUGCACCGCUAUGCA